UUGAGGUUAAAAUCCUCUGGAUGAACGCAUCGUCGUUUAGUUUACGUUGACAUAACAAUCUCUAAACAAUUAACAAAUCACUGAAAUUACAUUGUUGGAAGUAAUUAAAUCGCAUCAACUGUUUUUAAAGAACUGCUGAAUUAUUUUAGUACUAAAUAAAAGUGUUAUUUUCAUUAAAAAAUUAACGUUUCCCCGGUGAAGGCGUCGAUCAUCAGCGAAAAUGUUGCCACUCUCGUUGCUCAGAACAGCCCAGAAUCAUCCAAUGCUUGUGGAGCUGAAAAAUGGAGAAACUUAUAAUGGACAUUUGGUGAGCUGCGAUAAUUGGAUGAAUAUCAAUCUCAGAGAAGUCAUUUGCACAUCCAGGGAUGGAGACAAAUUCUGGAGAAUGCCAGAGUGCUACAUCAGAGGGAGUACAAUAAAAUACCUGAGGAUUCCCGACGAAGUAAUUGACAUGGUGAAAGAGGACGUCCAGAUGAAAUCGAGGGGAAGAGGAGAUAUGAAGGGCCGAGGUGGACAGAACCAGAGAGGAGGGAGAGGAGGUGGCAGAGGUGGUGCAUUUGGAGGACGUGGUGGUCGAGGACCUGCACCCCUCGGCCGUGGCGGUAAUCAAGGGAACAAACCCCUGAAUAAAUCACGACCCAAGUGAAUCCACAUCUUCACCGUACUCCACCUAAAUUUAUUUAAAUCUAUUUUUUCAUCCAAAAUCAUCAGUUUCUCCACUCAAAAUUACGUCAACCAUUCAGAGACAUUGAAAAUCAUGUUGAAACGUUGAUAAAUGUUGUAAAGCUUGUAAAAUAAAUGAUUAAAAAGAAAUAAUAAGUUUCAUUCCUCAAUUACGAUUUUUAUUCAAAAAAUCAAAUCACAAUUACUUAAAAAAAUUUAUUAAGUCUAGACACUUCACUCAGGUGAUAAUUAUCAAUCAACCGUAGCAAUACUUCGAUAGAAGAUAAUUUGAUAAAUCAAGCAAUAUUAUAAA